AGGAACCUCAGACUGUGCGGGACGGUGCCGUCCUUCCAUCAGGUGAGAGGUUUCCUUGUCCUGAGUGCGGGAAGUAUUUCAAUUUGAAAGGCAAUCUUAAGAAGCAUAGAAGAACUCACACAGGGGAGAAGCCGUUCUCCUGUCCUGAGUGUGGGAAAUGUUUUUCACAGAAGUCCAGUCUUUUAACACAUCAGAGAUCUCACACGGGGGAGAAGCCGUAUUCCUGUGCUGUGUGCGGAAAACGUUUUAUGCACCUUUCAAAUCAUAUCGUACAUCAGAGAUCUCACACAGGGGAGAAGCCAUAUUGCUGUCCUGAUUGUGGAAAAUGUUUUGCACAGAAAGUAGUUCUUAUCACACAUCAAAGAUCUCACACGGGGGAGAAGCCAUAUUCUUGUCCUAAAUGCGGAAAAUGUUUUGCACGGAUUUCAAAUCUUAUCACACAUCAAAGAUCUCACACUGGAGAAAAGCCGUAUUCCUGUCCUGAGUGUGGGAAAUGCUUUUUACGGAAGUCCGAUGUUUCCAAACAUCAAAGAUCUCAUAUUGGAAAAAAACUGUAUCCUGAAGCACCUCAGACUGUGCGGGAUGGUGCCGGACCAUCGUAUUCCUCUUAUCCUGAGGAACCUCAGACAAGCAUCUGCUUCCAUCCUGGCAAUGCAAGUUCCUGUUUUCAUCUCAAUGAUGUAUGUUACAGUCAGGACAGAAAAUGUUCUCUGGGCUCUGUCUUAAACCACAAGAUAUGUCGCAAGAAUGCACAGCUCCAUGUAUGUGAAACACAGAUGUUUCUUGCAGAUAAAGAUAUGCCACAGUCUAGGUGA